AUGGCAUUUUGUAUUAUUCGGAAAGAGACUUCCCUGAAUGGAGACAUGGGAGUUGAAGCUGAGAGGCAGAUGCAGACUACAGGUGACGUGAGCCCUGCUCUCAUGAACCCUCUCUCACAGUCACACAACAUUCCCCUGGCAGAAGGAAUAUGCCGUACUGUAUUGGACAUGAAUGCAGACCGUGUGAUGGUCACACAGGAAGCUUUAACGGAGCAGUUAGUCAGAAAUUAUCCAGGCACUGCACUUCCCUCCCACAAAAUCUUAUAUAAUACCCUUGGCACUCUGAUUAAAGAACGGAAAAUCUAUCAUACAGGAGAAGGAUACUUCACUGUGACUCCCAACACAUACUUCAUCCCAAAUAAUACCACAGAAGACAAGAGAGAGGUCCCACUGGCGAACAGUUAUUGCUGUUCAUUGCCUUCCAUCAUUUAUGUGGUAAACACUGGGUGCUGUGCAAACCUGGUGAAAGAAAAUGUUUCUACAGUAUCCCAUUACAGAUCCUGCCAUUGUUUGCCUGACCAGAAUAUGCUUCACAUAAGACAUUGGCACUUAAUGAACCACAAACCUAAUGGAGGAGGGAGGAAAGGCUGCAGUGAAUCAAAGCCUUCCAUUCAAACCCAAGGUAUCUCCACGUCUGAUGAAAAACAUUCCUGGGACACAAUCAAAUCCCUGACUUCUGUGAAAGAGAAACUGAAAAGCAAAAGGUUUGGCCUUGGCCUUUUCUGGAGAAGCGCUUGUAAAAAAGAAAAAAUGAAGGAGUACUCCACUUUUUCAGCCCAGUUUCCUCCUAAGGAGUGGCCAGUCAGGGAUGAGGAUGACUUAGAUAGUAUUCCACGUGAUAUUGAACAUGAAAUCAUCAAGCGUAUUAACCCUACCCUUACAGUUGAUAAUUUGAUUAAGCACACAAUAUUAAUGCAGAAGUUUGAGGAGCAGAAAAAAUCUACCAGUGAGGGUACCUUGGCUGAAGUGUCAAUACGUCUCUCAAAGGACUAUAGUCAGAAGACAGAAAGCAAACCAGCAAAACACACCAGUAAAACCAAAUCAAAGAAAGAGAAGCACAUUAGCAGGAGCCACAGGAAACCUCACAGCCGUGAGCUAAUGUCCGAAAAUGCAAAACUGGAAGAGAACCUUUCACUGCCUAUCAGAAAUCAACAGCCAUCCGACGUAGCAGUGGAAUCCCACGUCAUCUAUAAAAAACAAAUCAUGAACCCUUUUCAGGGUCUGUCAUGGAGAAGACGCAGCUUUCACGCAAAGGGGUACAACGGUGCUGCUAACAGUCAGCUCAAGUCCAAGACUCGAAAGCAAGAAAGGGCUUUUCGAAGGCCACAGUCCUUGAACUCCCCAAAAACCUUUGGCUAUAAACACGAAGAGCUGGCUACUGAAACGCAGGCUGAUGUAACUAAGCACAAUAAACUGCUCCACCCUAGUAGGUCUUCCCUCCAACUAAAGACAGACAGUUUAAGCGGAAGCUUUAGUUGUCCCCAAGGCAGUAUUUUGCAAACAGAUAAUAAAAGCAAAUGCUUUCUGGAGAGUAAUCUAUCUGAAGAAAACAUCUACAGAAGAAUAGUCAAAAAUGAUCUGGGGGAUAUUAAAAAAUCCCCUCACUCCUACGCUGAGGAUGAGGGUGUAUGCAAAGAAGACACAGAGUUUUCAUUACAUCUGAAAGAUGACUGCUGCAGGAGCAAAGCUGAUGCUGUAUGUGAGUUAUUAGAUCAGACAGCUGAAGAAUUUAAAAAUGUCUGUCUUUCAAAUUAUACAGCCAAGGUUAACCUGGUGAAAAAAAGUGGUGAGAAAUACAGACCAAAGACUGAUGAAAAGAGUGAACUUAAAUAUGACUGUGCCAAUAACCCACAAUCAGUGAAGCUGGAAAGUGAAGGAUUUACUGAUAACUGCCAUCUUCUAUACCAAAAAGCACAGGAUGGUGAUACCUGUAACUCAUUACCCCUGGAUGACAAUUUUGAACCAUGUCACCUGCCUCCUGGCCAUGCUUUUGCAGCUAUAAGAGACAGGAAUACAGCUGUGCAAAAGCUGUACGUAAAAAACUUUAAUACUGAUCCUGCUCAGUGCAACACAACUCUAAAUAAAGGUGACUCUAGAGAGCUUGUUUGUAAGGAAAGUGCUAGUUCUGCAGAAUCAAUAAAUGGCUCAAAAGGGCACCCAAAACUAGACUUCCCAGAAGGAAGUUAUUUCUGCAGUCAGAUUCUUCCAACAGGUCACACAAAGGAAUUAAAAACUGGUGUGAAUAACUGUAUGAAGGCUCCAGCUGUAGAAGAUUUCUGCCAGGCUAACAAAGCUGACUCAGAUGCUGACACUAAUGCUGACACUUUGCAGAACUUCACCUAUGAGGUGGGAGCAGUAGUAGUAUGCUGUGCUUUGGGCUCACGGGCUGAAGAAGAAAGAAACUCUCUGGGGAAAGAUCUCUUUUUUAAGGAUGCCUGCACUGUGACAUCAGGACAGAAACACUCAGAAGGGAUAGAAAACCACAGCAUUACAGGAGACAGUGGAAUUGACUCCCCAAGAUGGACUGAAAAGAAGAUGAAGCUUCCUGCCAAAUUCUGA